CUUAAUAGUACGGACAUUAGGUUUAAUGGCUGGCUGUAUUAUAUUAUACUUGCGUUAACAAAUCCGUUUUUCACGUUAAAAUCUCUAUUCAAUUUCUUCUCAAAUCUCAACUCUCUCUCCGGGCACCAGGCACCAGGCACCAGGCACCGCCGCUCCGAACCUCCAGUUUCACGAGGCAACCCAAAGGUAUAAUAUUAUUGCAACAGUUUUCUUCGACAAGAGUUUUUGAAGAUUGAGAAAUAGUAAAAGAAAGAAAGAUGCAGAAGAAACGAAAACAAUUGCACAGUUCCGAUGACAAUGUCAAUAAGAACACUGUUGAUUGUGAAUUUCACUCGAAAAACAACAAUAUGUGUGUUAUUGAGGCGCUACCUCGUAGAAAAGCCACUACCAUUUUUAUUCUUGAAAACGCCUCACUUCAUAUGGCUUUUGUUCGCAAGAAGAAGAAGAUUUUAAGUUCCCAAGAAGAUGCUAGCUAUUUGUUGAAGCAAGGCAGGAAUCCCGAUCAUUAUCGCCCCGACAUAUUUUAUGAGGCUCUUCGUGCAAUUUUGGAUAGUCCCUUAAAUAAAGCUGGAUUGGUUGGAGCUGUGUAUGUGAAAACUGAUUCCGGUGUCGUUUUUGAAGUCAACCCACUCACUCGUAUUCCCAGAACAUUGAAACGAUUUUGUGGCAUUAUGGUGGAGCUAUUGGAGAAGUCUUGUAUACGUGCAAAAGAUUCAGGAGAAGUGCUACUUCGAGUCCUUAAAGAUCCGCUGAUGCAACAUAUACCUGAAAAUGCUCAAAUAAUUGGCUUCUCUCAUAGCUCAAACAAGCUGGUUGAUAUAGAGGACUAUAUUUGUGCUGUUAAUGAUGAUUCGGACUUUGUAUUUGUGGUGGGUACAAUGGUCCAUGGGAAAGUUAGCGAGGACUUCACAAAUGACUAUAUUUCAGUUUCAAGCUAUCGGCUAAGUGCAAAAUGGUGCGUUGGGUUAAUCUGUGAGGCAUUGGAGCAAAAAUGGAAACUACUUUUAUAGCAUGUUCUCAAUUUGAAUGCACCUUUGAGAUUGUUUGGUAUAUACGCUAACUUAAAAUAUUGUAGUGAGCAUUUAGAGAUACUUGUUCUAACUAAACUUUCUUAAACCUUUUAAUAUAUGAACAUAAAUUAUAUUACAUAAAAUUUCAAAUUUAUUACUAAAUAAUGCGUCAAACUAUAUUAUAUUAUAUUUAUCUUUUAUUUUGUUUUAGGAUACAUUCUGAUUCCCGUUCAAAGCAUUGCUGCCUAGCUGGGACUUGCUACUGCUAGUCAGAUUUAAAAUUUCAAUAAAAUUUCCUUGGAAAUAAAUUCAAUAUUAUGUAGUAAAAAUAGAAUAUAUUUUAAACAUUUAAUUAUAUAAAUAGUAAUUAUAUUACCCACUAUACCAUAAAAUUUUGAG